AUGGACGCCCUCCAGAGGGAGAGCGAGUCUAGUCAGGACAAGACCGUGGAAAAGUGUGUGAAGGCUCUCAUGGACGAGCAGCUCUUCGGCCUCUUCCGCUUCGCCCGCCACGUGAGCAAAAAAUGGGCUCUCCACAACUUCACGCUGCGAGCUAACACGAGCGAGUUGGAGACGACCAUCUCGGCCCUCGCGACUCAGUGCCUCUCCUUGAAGGUUUUCGACAUGGCCCCGGACGUGGCCAUCAACGAGCAGGCUUUGGUGAUCAAGUUUCGCCGGUGCUCUACCUUUCAGACAGUGUUGUCUGAGUCGGUAAGGAUGUACCUGUGUGCAUCACAGGAGCUUCUGGAACACUUCCUGUAUCUUCGGAGCUCGCCGUCGAAGGCCGCCGCUCUGAUCGCCCCCGAUCCGGAUCCACAGAUCCAGAGGCUCAUUUUGAGCCAGAUGAAAGCUGAGUGGGAGAUGAUCUUGAGACUUGAACAGAGCCCCGCACACGCGGCCGAGCUGCACGAGCAUUGCAAGCAUGUCUGCUACCAAUGCUACCGCGAACUUAUGGGGGGAUGGGAGAAGCACAGCUGGCAGGUGCACCCUGAGGCCCAAAGCCUCACUUUGUCCUGGUUCCCAGAAGUCGCAUGGUCGUCGAACAUAGAAAGUUUGUUCAAGGACAUGACGGCGGCAGUGAAAAGAUCGGGACAAUCAGAUAUGGGCUCACUACCCAACCUUAUGUCUGUGGCCAUCCGCGGGCUUCAUCGCCGUUUGUGUGUCGAAGAAAACUCCCCGACACCUUUGGCCCUCGAGAAGGAGGAUUGGUCUGGAGCCCAAGCUCCUGCAUUGAAGCCGAAGAUCUUCAAUCCCACGUCUGAUGUAGAAAUGUCUGGUCGAUUUCAAGGCCAGAACAUCUGUUUCGACAACAUUUGCAAGCCGUUCCCGUCGACCUCCGCUUUUCAUCACAACCACCACUCCCUGAACUUCAUGUCCGGAUUGAUGCUUGCAGAUUCGAUGGGUCGAGAUCCCGCCGCUGAAAUGAAGCAUUUCUGGGUGCCCGAGACCGUUUUUACAGGGAUGAUGUUCAAGAAGGGUGAGAAUUACUUCUUGUCUUUGGGGCGAACGCCGGCGAUUCUGAAUGCUGUGCAGCUCAAGGAGUUGCCUUGGUCCUUCACGGGUCCUCUGCCCGUGGAGGAAAACGAUGAGACGCGAAUCCCGGCACAUGUGGAUGGGAUUGCUUCUGAUCCGCUGUCAGCGGGUGAGACGAGCCCCGCUUUGACUCUGGACAUUGGAAGGCAUAUGGUCUGCAAGCUGCUCGUGCAGGUUGACGAGGUGCGGUUUUACGAUUACAGCAUGCACUUGUGUGACCAGAGCCUGGCCGAGAAGUGUGGCACAAGCCUCGUCUUGCGACGGGGCACGAAAAGCUUCUCGCUGAUGCCGUUUUUGGUGGAGAAAGGGUUCAUCCUGCAGCUUACGGUUGCCAACCUGAUGGACUUUCUGAAUUCUUGCGGCAUCCGAAUGCCAAAGAAUACUACGAAGGCGGCACGAAUCAGAAAAGUCCUGCAGAUGGACAGCAUCACUCAGGAAUGCAGUCCGGAAAGGAUCCAGGCGGUGCUGCAAGCACUGGAGAAGCAGGAAGAGAAGAGAAGAAAGAAAGACGCUCAGGCGAGCGAGCCAAGCAACAACGAGGCAGAGAUCCAUUGGGAGGAGCUGGAAGAAGAUGCAGCCGCAAAGGCUUGCAGAGAGCUUCUGGUUGGUAUGGGCGAUGCCGAGGAUGAUGAUGAAACUACACUGCAGUAUCCUUCUCUCUCUCUCUCUCCCUCUGUCGCUCUUUCUCACUCUCUCUCUCUCUCGCUCUCUCUUUUGCUGUCGUUGCUGCCAGCCACCGCUUGA